UAAAACACGAGAUAAAUAAAAAGUAAGCCCGUAGUGCGCCUGCGCCCUUACGUCACCAGUGUCAAUUCGCCAUCGAUUGUAGCCGAGAAGUCGUCAUGGCGAGUGGAUAUUGAUGUUUGGCUACUAGAAUAAGAUCAAGAUAACCAUGGGGUCGUUGUUCCGCAGUGAAGAGAUGGCGCUAUGCCAACUCUUCCUUCAGAGUGAAUCGGCAUACACUUGCGUGUCCGAGCUUGGAGAACUCGGACUGGUGCAGUUCAGAGAUCUCAACCCAGAUGUGAAUGCAUUCCAACGCAAAUUCGUGAAUGAAGUCCGCCGCUGCGAUGAGAUGGAGAGGAAGCUCCGCUACCUGGAGAGGGAGAUCCGCAAGGAUGGGAUUCCAGUGCUGGAUACCGGGGAGAAUCCCGAGGCUCCCAUGCCGAGGGAAAUGAUCGACUUAGAGGCGACAUUUGAGAAACUCGAGAAUGAGCUGAAAGAAGUGAACAGCAAUGCCGAAGCUCUCAAGAGGAAUUACUUGGAGUUGACGGAACUGAAGCACAUCCUGAAGAAGACCCAGGUUUUCUUUGACGAGGCCAUGUACCCCCCAAAUCUACCUUACGACCAAGAUGUCUAUUUUGACGAUGAUGAGCGUGUUAACCUGCUGACCGACACGUCGCUCCACCAACUCAAACAUAUUGGGUUUGUGGCUGGUGUGAUCCUGCGUGAGAGGAUCCCCGCCUUUGAGAGAAUGCUGUGGCGUGCUUGCCGAGGCAAUGUGUUCCUCAGGCAGGCAGAGAUCAAUGACCCACUCGAGGAUCCGGCUACAGGAGAGCAGGUGUACAAGUCGGUAUUCAUCAUCUUCUUCCAAGGUGAUCAGCUGAAAAUGAGAGUCAAGAAGAUUUGUGAAGGUUUCCGUGCCACCAUGUACCCAUGCCCUGAGGCUCCAGCUGAUCGCCGUGAAAUGGCCAUGGGAGUGAAGACUCGUCUGGAUGACCUUAGCACUGUACUGAGCCAGACCCAAGACCACCGUCACCGUGUGUUGGUGUCGGCUGCCCGCAAUAUCCGUGCAUGGAUGAUGAAAGUGUGGAAGAUCAAGAGCAUUUACCACACACUCAAUAUGUUUAACUUGGAUGUCAUUCAGAAUGGCUUGAUCGCUGAAUGCUGGAUUCCAGUUGCCAACUUGGAAGAUGUACAGCUAGCCCUACGCCGUGGAACAGAAAAGAGUGGGAGCUUGCCAGCAAUUUUGAACCGGCUCAGCACCCAUGAAGCGCCUCCAACUUUUCACCGAACAAACAAAUUUACAAAGGCUUUCCAGGCUUUGAUUGAUGCAUAUGGAGUUGCAACUUACCGUGAAAUCAAUCCUGCACCAUACACCAUCAUCACCUUCCCCUUCCUCUUUGCCAUCAUGUUUGGCGAUGUGGGUCAUGGCAUUAUCAUGGCCCUUUUCGGUGGAUGGAUGGUAUGGAGGGAGAAGCCUCUCUCUGCCAAGAAGACUGACAAUGAGAUUUGGAAUAUUUUCUUCGGUGGUAGGUACAUCAUCCUGUUAAUGGGCAUGUUCUCCAUGUACACGGGCCUGAUUUACAAUGACAUCUUCUCCAAAGCCUUGAACAUAUUUGGUACAUCAUGGCAUGGCAAUUACAAUGAGAGCACCCUGUUAACCAACAAGGAGCUGACAUUGGACCCAGGCAACAAGGAACAGUAUGACCAGUACCCAUACCCCUUUGGUCUGGAUCCUGUUUGGCAGAUUGCUCUCAACAAGAUCAAUUUCUACAACUCGUAUAAAAUGAAAAUUUCCAUCAUUUUUGGCAUCAUCCACAUGUUGUUUGGUGUCAUCCUGAGUGUAUGGAACCACAGGUUCUUCAACAAGCCCAUGAACAUCUACUGUGAGUUCAUCCCCCAGAUAAUUUUCUUGACCUGCUUGUUCGGGUACUUGGUUCUUCUGGUGUUCCACAAGUGGGUAUGGUACGGGGCAGGUGGUGCAGAUAGCGUUUCUCCCAACUGUGCUCCUUCCAUCCUCAUCACCUUCAUUAACAUGGUCUUGAUGAAAGGAUAUCAACCAACACCAGAGGGUGACCCCUGCUCACCAUAUAUGUAUGCUGGGCAGUUUGGCUUCCAACGAUUCCUUGUUUGCGUUGGGCUGAUAUGUGUACCUUGGAUGCUCAUCGCUAAACCUUUCAUUCUUCACCGUAAUAACAAGCGCAAGCUGAUGAUGUCACAAGCAAAUGGAGGAGAAGGUGUCAUUGAAGAAGGUGGUGGUGAGGCCGCAGCUGCCGCAGCCACAGAGGAAGUGCAUGACAUGGGGGAGAUCAUGAUCCAUCAGGGCAUCCACACCAUUGAAUAUGUCCUCGGCUCUGUGUCUCACACUGCCUCAUACCUGCGACUGUGGGCCCUGUCACUUGCCCAUGCUCAACUGAGUGAGGUGCUGUGGCAGAUGGUUCUACGUGUUGGACUAACAGCUGGCGGUACAGGUGGGGUUGGUGGCGUUGUCACUUACUUCAUCUUCGCAGCCUGGGCAUCCCUCACUAUUGCCAUCCUUGUGCUCAUGGAGGGGCUAUCUGCCUUCUUGCAUACCCUUCGACUGCAUUGGGUGGAGUUCCAGAGCAAGUUUUACGGAGGUGGUGGAUACGCCUUUGUGCCAUUUGCCUUUGAAACAAUCCUUGAACAUGCAGAAACAGCUGUUACAGAGUGAUGGCCCAAGGAAAAUUCAAACAAAAGAAAGAAAUUGGAAUUGAACAAGUAUUAGUAUUAUUGAUUGCAUUAUUAUCUUGUUCUAGAAUUUCUCAAAAAAUCAGUAUCAUCCAGUGUUCAGCAAUAGACUUUAUGUAUUCAAAAUGCUUUUUUUUUUCUGUGUAUCAUAGAUUUAAAAUUUAAAAUCCUGCAUUUAUAAUAAUCAUGUUCUCAUUGCAAAAAAAAAAAAGAAGAGAUAGGUAAAGUUAGGGAAGCAGUAGUAAUUUUUUUUUUUAUUAAUCUACUACCAAAAGCAUCCGAGUUAAAAGCCAAAUCCAGUGACUAAGCUUUGUGUACACCUGGAAAAACUAGUGUUAUUCUGAGCUUUAGAUUAUAUAUGAAUAUAUAUAUUGACAUUGUUAUAUUGGAUUAAAAGAAUAUAAUGGCCAUUCAAUCAGUGUAUUGAACAAUAAAUAUUCAAAUAACUGUUAAUGUAAAAUGAGGCUGUAAUGAUUUUUUUUGGCAUGUGGCUUAUUAAAAAAUCUUCAGCAAGACACAUCGUAUAUGAUAAAAAAGCAAGGAUAUCUAGCUUUGCAGUUAGAGUAAGUGCUAGGAAAAUGUUAAUUUUCAUAGUUCAGUGAUAACCCCCACCCUUAUUAUUGCAAUUAACUACAGGAGAUUUUUGUUUGUUUAUCCUUUUUUUAUUUCUUUAAAAUCUAGUUAUUAUUAUUUAUUAUAUUUUAUUUAUGAUUUUGUAAAAGCAGCUCUAAAAUUAUCAGGAAGAAUAAUUAUCUAUUUUUAUCAUAUUUUCAUUGAUGUUUGGGGGUUUCUGUCCUAUUGUUUUCAUUUUUGCCUACAAAAAUGUUAGUGUUUCUUCUUACCCCCCCUCCACCCCUUGUAUUCCAAACGAAAUGGAACUUUUGCUUCAACAAUAGUAAAAAGUAAUGGUUUGACACUUUUUGUUAAAUCUCAAGCACAAUUUUUUAAAGGAAUUUCAUACUAGUUAUACCUUUGAGUUGUGUAUACAGCUUGACCUAGUUAUUUCCUUAACUCAUGUGACCAUCAUUUGAUGAAAUGAAGCAAAGAAAACUGUGUAUUUUCUUCUUUUAAAAAGGAAUUUUCCCUUUCCUGGCUUCUGUAAUGGGUGCCAUUUUUCUUCUUUCCUCUUUUAUAUUUAUGUAUUUUGAAUGGCUGCAUUUCGGGAAUGUAAAUGCAUUUUGUGAAUUUGGUUUGUCUGGAGAAGUGGGCAUUUUAUUUUGGCCACGAAAGUGUGUUUGUGUAUUUAAUACCAUCAUCUCUAUUUGCAAGAGACUACUUGUUCAGAUACUUUUAGUUCCUAUUCUCACCAUGUCUGUAUGUUGUAGUGGAAUUACCUUGUGAGAGCAGCUGAGGAAUCUCAUUUCGUCUCUGUGACCCUGUUGGUUUUAGACCUUGUCCCCAUAGCCAUCUUAAAUAUGAUUUUUUAUUUUUUUAUUUUUUUCAUUAUUUUUUUGUGUCUAACAGAGAAAAGAUUUUGUCAAUUGAUAUGUAUGAAGUAAUGUAGUACGAAUGUGAAGAGCAUAAAUUGUUACCUAUGUUGCAAACUUUGGAAGAUAUUUCUAGUCAUUGUUUGAUUUGUUAUGAGACCUAAUUUGGCUUGUCUUCAAUAAAUUAAGUUAGAAAACCAAUAAGGUUUGUAUUUUUAUUUUACUCCAUAUUAUAUAUAAACUGUAGUUUUACAAGGCUGAAAUUACACCCAAUUUUUGGUUAUCAACAUUAAGAGGAAAAAGUAUACAUAAAAUCUAAUGACAAUAUUGCAAGCUUUGUGACUAUAGUGAUUCUACAACUGAAAAUCAAUAUUGGAACAGACAAGUAAAUACAGUGAUGUCAUUUAUAUUCCAUAAAAUAAACUUAUAUCUAUUACCAAUAUAUAUAUAAAUAUAUAUCAUAUACAUACAAAGCAAAAUGAAACGUGAUAUAUGGUUAAACGGUAAUCAACUGAAUGUCUACACCAAUUUCUAGCUGUAGUCACAGCCAUUUUGUGAGAGAACAUACAUUCUCACUUCCCUGAAUUUUCCCCCAUUGGUUUACAUAAAUAUUUCCAUGACAAUUGCUAUAGCUUUUGGAGACAAAUUCUCCUUGUUAUUGCUGUAUCCUGAUAAUAGUGCUUUACUACUGCUACAUUCUUCUGAGUGAAUAUGAAAUACAUAUGAGACCUAUGUCUUUCAACUAAUGUUCUCAAGAAUAAUUAUUUUGAGGAAUAAUAAUAAUAAUAAUAAACAUAUAGACAAACAAUAUAUACUUUUCUGGAAGGCAAUAAUUCUGUGAAGUAUCAAUAUACAAGCCUUAGAAGAUACAUAAUAGCAUUACAUAAAUAUUUAAAAAACUGCGCAUAUGUUCCAUUAAAUACGGACUUCCUUUGAGAAAGCAAAAAAA